AAGGAAGGAGAGGACUCGGUUGUCAUCGAGAACAUGGGAACCCUCUCCGUCAUCUCCAGACUCCUCCAGGUCAGAGAGGAGACGCUGCGUCUGGCUCUCACCACUCGGACAUCGAAAGCCGGCGGAGCCGACCUGUUUGUCACUCCCUACAAGAUGGAGGAAGCAGUGGCGGCGAGGGACUCUCUGGCAAAGGCUCUCUACGGGUCUCUGUUUGACUGGAUUGUGGACCAGGUCAACGUCUCCCUCGCCUCCUCCUCCUCCAGACUUCACCCUCAUAAGGGUCGUUUCAUAGGAGUGUUGGACAUAUUUGGAUUCGAGGUGUUCCAGAACAACUCGUUCGAACAGUUCUGCAUCAACUACGCCAACGAACAGCUUCAACAGUACUUCAAUAAGCACAUCUUCACACUGGAACAGGCGGAGUAUUCGUCUGAGGGCAUAGAGUGGUCUUCAGUCAGUUUCAUUGACAACCAAGAGUGUCUGGACCUCAUUGCCAAGAAGCCCACUGGCCUACUGCCACUACUGGACGAGGAGUGCAGCUUCCCCGGAGCCGACGACAACUCGCUGUUCCAGAAGUUUGAGAGACAGCACAAGACUCAUCCUCACUACAGAGUUCCUCAGUUGAGACAUCAGAACCCAGUCUUCACCAUCGUUCACUACGCCAGCGACGUCACUUACUCCGUCAAGGGGUUCAGAACCAAGAACCGGGAUCUGAUGAGGCAGGACAUUAUCGACGUCCUCAGGACCAGUCACAGCGACCUGGUCAGAGCACUCAUCGGUCUUCCUCCUCUUGCGGUCCACCGCUGGCACCUCGCCUUCCGCACCAUCAUCGCCUCUUCCACUUUCAAGAAGGCUGGGGUGGUGCACAAGAUGAAGAAGGAGGGGAGGAUGACCACCUCGUUUCAACACCGACUCCUGAGAGCUGCCACUCCUCCCGUGCCUUACAACCAGACUGACGGUUCAUCUAAGUUGUCUCAGAGCUAUAAUAUACACACCCACAACCUGACUGAUGCACUGACAUUUGAUUCCACCGCAAGACUCGGAGCCUCUUCCUCGUCUCCCGGCAUCAGAACUAGCAGGUCCUUCAACACUCUGUGUGAGGCGGCAGAUCACGAGUGGAAGAAAGGGGUGAUGGUGAGAAGCUCGUCAAAGGAGGAGGGGCCUACCACCAUGAUCUACGGCCUCAGUCCAAGACCUCACAGGAGACCAGCUGAGCUUCCUCUGACAUCUGACGGAACAGAUUCUGUUUCCCCAACUUUCUUCAUCAGUGAAUCGUCAGACCUCGACCCCCUCCACCCCUCCCCCCUCAUCCUCCUCCGUCGUCACCCAGACCGGUUCAAAACCGGUCAAUCCGGUUUCCUCGACCAAGCCCUCGUAUGUCCAGACGGCUCGUCAACCCGGCAUCGCUCGCUCCUCCCACCAAGCAUCUUCACCUCUCACUACCACCACUUCUGAAACUGGAACUUUACCCGAAUCGCGACAACAAGUCCCGGUUCGACGGACCUCAAGAGAGAAGAGGGGAUUGGGAAAGAUGGACUCAUGGUCGCGACUGCCGUCCAUAACUCACCUGCAGGAGAAGUUGAGGAAGAGGUGGCCGCGGACGAUGCGGGUGGCGGGGAGUGCUGGGGGAGGAGGGGGAGAGGGGAGAGAGAGAAGCCCCAAGUACUGGAAGACUGCGCCUAGACUUAGAGAUAUAGAGUCCACAGACGGUCCGUACAAUUUCACCGCUCUGGCCAGGACAGCUGCGAAGAGACAGCAUGGGCUGUCCAAGACUGUCAGUGGACAAUUCCAGUCCUCGCUAAUAGCUCUAAUGGAGACUCUGGAGAGAACAAAUCCUCACUUCAUUCGCUGUAUCAAGUCCAACAGCCGGAAGGCUCCGUGUCAGUUUGACGAGGACCUGGUCCUGAGACAGUUGAGGUACACUGGCAUGGUUCAGACGGUUCAGAUCAGGAAGGCUGGAUACUCUGUCAGAAUCAGUUUCGAGGAUUUCUAUGAGAAAUACCAGUUCCUGAUGGGAGUUCGAAGGUCAGAUCUCGCCUCCCAAAUCAACCUCUUCCUCCAGGGAAUGGACUUCACCAAAGAGCACUUUCAAGUCGGCAAAACAAAGGUGUUUAUGCGGGAGUCACAGAAGUAUGCUCUGGAGGAAGAGCUGAGGGAGAAGGUGCUGGCAAGGAUAGUGGUCAUCCAGCGAUGGGUCAGAGCCAAACUCACCCGUUGCAGAUUCCUACACACGAGGAGAAGUGCCAUCAUACUCCAGUCAGCGGUGAGGGGAUGGAGGUGUCGUGAAGGAGUCAACCAGAUGAGACUCAGGGUGUGCAAGGCAGUGGAGAUCCAGGCUGCCUGGAGAGGCUUCGUGGAGAGAAAACGACUGAUUCGACUCAAACAGGCCGCCAUCAUUCUUCAGGCCCACUGGAGAGGAAGAUGCAGCAGAAUAAGAUAUGUAGAGUUGCGCGAAGAGUGGAAAAGGGUGAAGGAAGAGGAGAGGCUGAGACAUAAACCGGAGCCCAAGGAGGAGGAAGAAGCUACCGGCACUUCAACACUUGAAGCCGUAGCUAAUGUGAAGACAACAUCACCACCUCAGCAGAGGCACAAGAAACAGGAUUCCUGUGGUGCAAUAGUAGACGCCGAAGUAUCAGACGUCCUUUUCCACUUUGACACCAUUGUCACCGAACUCGAAAAGUCCACCCUCACCUCACGCUCCGUGACACCCAUAGACCCCCUCGCAAGGACGCCCACACCAAAUAAGGGCAGAGCUAGAGAGCUCACCAGUCCUGAUAUUUUCUUGCAAGCUUCUUCUUCUUGUCGACAGGAAGGAGGAGAAGUAGGAGGAGGAGGGAGAGAGGGAGAGGUAAAGGGGAGCGAGGUAGUUAGAGAGCUCCCACCGAAGAGCGUCCAACCAAAAUUCAAAGUGGAGGACAUCAAGCAGCAGUUUCUUCAGAACGCCCAGCGGCAUUUGACGACAUCGACGUCUCUGACCCCGCGACCCCACCACGAGAUGACUCCCUCCAGUAGAGAGAAGGUGAAGAACAUCAUAGCGCAGAUGCAAGCUUCGUCGUCCUCGAGAGAGACGAGCCCUUCGCCGACACCGGAGCAAGAUGGGAGGGACCCGUCCCCGGUGAAACAGACGCGUCAACGCUCGUCGUCCAUUUCGCAGAGAAUAUCGAUGCUGACACAGGUCUCUGUGACGGAGGGAGAGGUCUUCGAAAAGAAGGAACAGCCGGUGGUUGCGUCCAGGAGAAUAUCUGAGAUCACCCACAAUUUCGAGUUGAAGAAGCAACCACCGAAGGAAGGGGGGAAGACGAAAUCAGCCUCUGGUCAUAAACGGAGAAGAUCUUCGUCAGCGAGCAAGUCAAGCAAGGGAGACGACUCGCCAAAGAUUCUCUCUCCGCCGAAAUCAAGUAAGAGGUUUGGGUCCUCCCACGAAAAUGGGUUGCCUCCGGCUGUGAAAAGAGCGCGGGACGCCUCUCACGUUGUGGCGAAGUAUACGUCGCGAGAGAUCGAAGAAGCACUCGGGGAAAUGGGGCAGGUUCCGAGUAGUUCUACUUCUGAUCAGACUGUGGCAGUGACUCAGGGGGAAGAUUCGAGUACAGAGAAAGUCCUUACGGAAGGGCAUUCUGAGGUUACUGUUACUCCAGCUGUUUCUACUGGUUAUCUCCCUGUGGAAGGCGAACAUGAACAAACUUCCGUUGGGAGAGAAGUUGUAGAAGCUUUACCAAGUGGAGAGGCGGGAAAUAAAGACGAUGUCACUGGUAAUUCCACGAUGUCGAUGACAUCAUCAUCUGAAUUUGUAAGAACCGAACCAGUGGGAGCAAAUACAUCGACGACAUCAUCAUCUGAAUUUGUAAGAACCGAACCAGUGGGACCAGAUACAUCGACGGCAUCAUCAUCUGAAUUUGUAAGAACCGAACCAGUGGGACCAAAUACAUCGACGACAUCAUCAUCUGAAUUUGUAAGAACUGAACCAGUGGGACCAAAUACAUCGACGACAUCAUCAUCUGAAUUUGUAAGAACUGAACCAGUGGGACCAAAUACAUCGACUGGAGAUGAGCCUCAAGCGCCGGUGUCUGUGUCCAGCCAAGCCAGCGAGGGAGUGCUGCUCAGGAAUGAAUCGACGUCAUCCGGUGAUGGGUUACUCAGCCCGGCAGCCGUGGAGCACACAUAUCGUUUCAGGUCCGUUAGCGACAUCUCUCACCACGCCCGGAAACUCACCUCGUAUCGCACCGAGGGCUCUUUGUCUUCGGGCUCUCUCGCUGAUCUCGAGGGAGACAGUAAGGAUCAGACGACAGAGCUGCACAGAGUCCCCCUGAAGACGACCCACGGCGGUAAGAAGAGGAACGUGGUCUCUGUGGCCGACCCAACUGACAUACUCACCAACCUUCACCUCGCCCGCUACCCUCUGGAGCAGUCGUCGGAGCUCACCCAGGGUCUCGGGCCGGACGACGUGCGAAGACUCAACAACCGGCAGCGAGGAGAGGAGCGCUACACGUUCACCUCCCGACCGACUCAAACUGUUCUCGUUCUCCAAGCGUCACUUGCGAUUGCCGUUCAGCCGAGGGAAGGGGAAGAGAGAGGAGCACAAGGGUAAGAGGGAGAAGCACGUGAAGCUUCCUCCACCACCGGCCACGGAGAAGACUUCGCCCAGGAGGAGAGGGUCUAGGAGCGAGUCACGGAACAGACGACUCUCCAGAAACCAGCCCGAUAUGCUGCUUCCCCACACGUUUGCUGCCACUUCCAUCGUGAAGGGAAUGCUGUGCGAAGUCUGUCACAAGGGAUUCACCGGGUUCAUGAAACACAGUCUCAGGUGUACCGGAUGUGGAGUGGUGGUCCAUAAACACUGUGAGAACCGGUGCCCUCCCUGCAAGGCCCUCAUAGAGUCCGGUUCCUACGUGACCAUGUCGCGGAAGAAGAUUGUCAAGGCUCUGGACGACCUCGACGACCUGGCGCAGUUCCUACUGGAUAAGAUAUCGAUGUUGAACCGAGACGGAAGUACGGGCAGCAGUAAGGUCGAUAGAGUGUUUGAGACUGCGCUGUUGGAGUUGCAUCACUCUCUGGUGUCCAACUACUCUCUCACUCUGCAGAAGUCUCUGGAUGUAUCAGAUCAUCUACGGGAGAGUGGUACCAAACCACCCCCCUCCCCUACCACACCACAGUCGACCGAAGUGGACCAAAGGGUGACCAUCACCUUUGCCCAGCUGGUCAACAACUUCACCAACAUCUUCAAGGGCAUUGCCAAGAGACAGGGUCUGAAUGACCCUGGCUACCUCGCUAUCAGUGUCAACCAGAUGAAGAGCUUUCUGGACGAGUUCUCUAAAGGAAGGAGAAAGAGUAUGGUGAAGGCAAUGUCGGGAGGUAUAGAGCCGGCCACUCUCAGGAGAAAGACUUUCUCUGGACACGGUCUUGAACUAGUGGAUCACAAUGGGCACAGGUUCUUCACAGAGACAUUCAAGGUGGCCACGGUCUGCGAGUACUGCAAUGACCCCAUCCCUCUUCUGGAGAAAGGAGAGGUCUGCAUAGUGUGUGAGUACACGUGCCAUCAGUCGUGUCUGAAGCUAACGUCUGGUAGGUGUGAGGGAAAGGACAGGGCCAAGUCUCCUCCUGCCACCAACAAACCAGAGACAUCUCAGAGCAGGAGUCAGUUUGGAGUGGCUUUGGAGUGUCUGGUUCCCCCGGACUCCACCCAGGUCCCUGCCGUUCUGGAGAAAUGUCUACACUACAUUGAGGAUCAAGGUCUGUAUGUUCAAGGUAUCUACAGGAAGAGUCCGGGAGCCAGCAGUAAGAGAGCUGUCAAAGCCACUCUUGAAGAAGACCCAGGUGGGUGUUCGCUGGAGGGAUUCCAUGUGAAUGCAGUAGCUGCGGCAGUUGGGGCGUUCUUUCGAGAGCUGCCCACUCCCCUCAUCCCCAAGGACCGCUACACUGACAUUCUCAGAACUAUAGAUCUGACAGACAGGGAGGAGAUGCUGGAGGCAUUACAUCAUCUUCUUAACAGACUUCCGGCCCUCAACUAUGCCGUAUUUGAGAGGCUCAUCUUUCACCUUGCUCGAGUGGCAGAACAAGAGCCGGCUAACAAGAUGAGCCCCUACAAUCUGGCGGUGAUAUUUGCUCCCUGUCUGUUUCAAGGAGAGACCAAAUCAAGGAACCCUCAGGACCUCAUCAAGGAACUGGCCAAGCAGACCAUAGUGUUGGAGGUGAUAAUAGAGGAGCAGGUUGAGAAGCUGCAGGCCACUCUGAGGGGGAUUGAGACUCUGAGUGUGGUGGCAAGACACACCGCCUCGAAACUCACCGAACUCAUCAGCUCUGAGGAGGUCUGUACCGUUUUGAUGUGCCC